AUGUUUUCUCUUAAGGGAGCGGCCCUAUACGGCCUGGCUGUGACCUCACAGCUUGUAUCUGCAUGGCCAACUCAGUACCCUGAACACGUCAACAUACUCACUCGCGCCGAGCAGAUCGCAACGGAGUAUGACUAUGUUAUCGUGGGAGGCGGUACAUCGGGUCUGACUGUUGGAGAUCGAAUUACAGCGGAUGGAAAGUAUACGGUGCUCGUGGUCGAGUACGGCUACUACGACAGCCAGACUGGCAUGAACCCCAGGCGCAUGUUCAACAUCACGUCCAAGCCGUGUCCGAAUCUGAACAAUAGGAGCUUCUCUGUCGGUAUUGGCUGCGUAGUCGGAGGUAGUUCAAGCGUCAACGGUCAAGUCUUUCUCAGGGGAACUAAAGACGAGUAUAAUGCCUGGAAAGAGCUGGGAGGACCUGGUUCUACUUGGGACUGGGACAACCUGCUCCCAUACUUCAAGAAGGGCAUCACUCUCGCACCACCUGACGCAGCACAAGCUCAAGAGUACAACAUCAAGUAUGAUGCCAGCUACUGGGGCACCACCUCAAAGAUCUAUGCCGCCUUUGGCAAGGGUCCCCUCACAUCCAUCAUGAAGAUCCUCUACAACGCCAUGGCCAAGAUGCCUGGCAUGACAAUUCCCGUUGACAGCGGUGCCGGCGAGGCGGGUCUCUACUGGUAUCCCAUGUCUCAGGACCCCGUCCAAUUCCAGCGCUCCUACGCUCGCACCGGCCAUUGGGACGGCCUCAAUCGUGCUAACUACGAGAUGAUCGUGGGUGCCAAAGUCAACCGUAUCCUGUUCGACGGCGACACCGCCACCGGUGUGCAAUUCGUCUCACGCAACAACACCGGCGCUGCCCCUGUCCAAGUCAAGGCCCGUCGAGAGGUCAUCCUCGCGGCUGGUUCUGUACACACUCCGCAAGUCCUCAUGCUGAGCGGCAUCGGACCCCGCGCCCACCUCGAACAAGCCCGCAUCGCAGUGAAAGUCGACCUACCAGGUGUCGGAUCCAACUUCCAGGACCACAGCUACAUCCCCAGCAUCUCCUACCAGUGGGGUGUGCAGCCUCCCAACUCCGGCGGUGGCGGCUGGGGUGGUGGCGGUCCUCCGUCUCUCGCUUCCAUGAUCGGACUGCCUGUCGUUAGUCCCGAUAGAUACGAUACUUUGGCCAGGACAUACGAGGCCCAGGAUCCCAAGUCUCAUCUGCCAUCGAGCUAUACCGCGGAGCAGAUCGAGGGAUACAAGCAACAGCAAAAAGUAUACGGCCGCCUCAUGCGCUCCAAGAACACCGUCUUCUCGGAGAUGAUGAUGUACGGCCCUGGCGGUUCGGUGCAGAACCUUCACCCCAUGUCUCGCGGCAACAUCCUCCUGAACACUGCUCAGCCCGAGAGCGAGAUGCUGGUCGACUACCGCGCUGCUUCGAACACCAUCGACCUCGACGUCAUGGCGGAGAUCAUCAAGUUCAUGCGCCGGUUCAUGACAACCGGUGAUCUUGCGCAGUACCAGGCUCGCGAGACAUCGCCAGGCACUGGUGUCUCGACCGAUGCUCAGCUCGUGAACUGGGCCAAGGGCCAGAUCAUUCCGUCCGUGUACCAUCCCGUUGGCACAACCGCUAAGAUGCCUCGUGAGUGGGGUGGUGUGCUCGAUGAGAACCUGUUGGUGUACGGCGUCAAGAAGCUCAGAGUCAUCGAUGCGUCGAUGAUGCCUACGACCGUGGGUGCGACGACUUCCAUGACGGUAUACGCUGUGGCUGAGAAGGCUGCCGACAUGAUCAAGGCCCAGACUCAGUAG